CCGACACAAAGAUCCAUCGCCGCCAUUGUCGUGUGUGCGGUGGACAAGACGAUGGCGACGGACCUGCGCACGUUUGCUUCGAUCGUGUGCCGGGACUGCCUGUACUUGGAGUUCCCAGGAUGUGACUCUCAUCAGCUUCUGUACACAGAGUCCAUCUUGGAUGGCACGACGACGCAUGCCAAGUGUCCCAAAUGCUCUGCCGCCACCAACAAUCAACGACCAUUCCGCGAAGGUUGUCGGCGAUGCAAAGGCAAGACGUUUAUUGGAAUGUGGAAUUGCAGCCCCAAGGAGAUCAAGCAGGCGUUUCGGUGUUUUCCAUCCCGAAUCGAAGAAAUCGACCACACAGUCGUCCAGUGUGACGAACACUGUUGCGCCAGUGUCGUGUUUCCGAGCUCGCGCGAGGUUCUCACCACUCGCACGGCGGCCUGUGCCCUCGUCACCAGCAGCCAUCGGCAACUCAAGCUGUCCAACUUCCAGUUGAGUAUGCCGCAUGUGCCGGGGUGUCCGCGACAAGGCAUGCCGCUCCACGCGGUGGCGGUGCGCUUACCCAAGAGCGAGCUAAAGUUCGUGUUGGAACGGAUCGAGCAAUGCCCGAUUCCACCCGUUAUUUCCAUGGGGCCAGCGUAUCGGAAGCGGCAACUCGCGCCAGCUCGAGAUACGAAUCAGCUGCACCAAAUUUACCUCCGCUUGCUGGCGACAAUCGUCACGACGUUCGACAGCCACAACCUGAAUUCUCUCGAGCCCCUCAAACAGAUUGCCACGUUGUUUGAAAAGUCGGAUGCCCUGCGCAUGUUUAAGGACUGGGCGCCGCCGCAAGAGCCUCCCAUCACGCACGUCGUGCCGACCAAAGCCAUCGCGACGUCACAAGCAGAUGACCAACACGACGUGACUCAAUUGCUGGACCCAGGUUCGACCACGUACUGGCAGUCGGCCUUCGUUCCGCCUUCAAGCCCCUUGGCCCCGACCCCGACAACCGUGGAGGUCACGCUCGAGUUUGACCCGCCUACGGCCGUCCAAGCGAUAUCAAUUCUGUGGCACAUCGACUAUGUUUGCCACAGCUAUAACGUCCAAGUGUCGACGAACGGCGGUAAGGCGUACGACAGCAGCAACUUUUCCAUCAGUACCAAGCAGCACCUGUCUGGAUCCCAGACCAUUCGUUAUCACCUGCCAUCGCCGGUCGUGGCAUCCCAUGUCAAAGUGUCCAUGAUGCCUCAUUCGACUAGCGCACAAGAUAAACCCAUUUCGUUCGGCAUCCACCAUCUCCUCGUGUACCCAACGUCCGUGGAGGUUGUGUACACGUCACCGAGCAAGGUCUUGCAAGAUCUCGUCACGUGGGUGUCUUCCGCCGCGACCCAUUCGCCCCAUCCCGCGAUUCGCGAUUUCGCGCUGUCGAUCCUGCAGACGCUGGCACUGGCGUCGGGGUCGCUGUGCGCGCUUCUGCACGUCGUGCACUGCCUGCUGCACUCGCCGACCGGAUCGAGUCCCGAUUUUUCCCCGGACAAAACCGAGGCGUUCUUGCACGAGUUGGCGACGUGUGUUCAGAAGGUCAUGUUGCAGUCCAACUCGGACCACAGCGCGACAAAAUCGUUGGAGAAUCGCAUUAUCCAACAAAUGUCGCUCAACCUCCAGGACGAAGUGACCCGUCGAACCAUUCAAAUCUUGCAAAACAUUCCCGGCCUUGAAGUGUACACGUCCCCGGAUGCUGCAAACAUGGCGACCAUUCCUGGGCUGGAAGUGUACUCGCCACCGCGGCCGACUCCCGCUGCUGGCAGCCCAGCGCCAGCUUUGGUCCCACCACCCCCCAUCUCGCUGACUAGGAACGAUCAAGCAGUGACAAGUGCACCAGACCCCACAGUCACCAUCCCUGCCGCAAAUAAUUCACACACGUCGGUGGACGAUGAAUGCGCGAGCCCCACGUCGUGCCCAGCUCUGGUGCUGCUUCUCUGCCAGCAGCGCUCGUUUGUCAAGUGCAUCGAGACACGCGCGCAGUUGGCGAUGGUGAUCUUGAGUGUGCUGAGCGAAUUGAGUGUGUGGCAAAUGCAGCGCAUGCAACGACCAGAAGAUUUUGUUGGGCGUCGAGAGGACGAACUCAGUCGGUUGGAAGAUCCAUUUUCGAUUCAAGUGAGCGCCGAACUGUUUGGACUUGGGUACACGUUGCUGACGGAGCUCCUGGCCCCGUGGCUCAAACCGACACAAUCAAAGCUCUACGACACGCUCGCGGCCGCGGCCGCGCGGUUGACACAAUCACUGUCGUCGUCGCCAUUUAGCCCGACAACAGGCCAUGCCUUGUCCAGCGGAAAGAAUUCCCUCGACCACCGAUUCACGCCCAACGCGAUGGGACUGGCAGUCUUGCAGAUCGUGACGUCGAAUGUUCGCCGACUUGUGUUGAGUCAUGUGGACCCGGCCGAAGUCGGGCUUCAAGAUGGUCAGGACGAGCUCAUCCAAGCCCUCGAGCACCUCAUUCCGUUGGGAACCAAGCGAACGGAUCCGUUGUUUCCGCUGUCGCUGCAAGCUGCGGCAGCAAUCGAAGUGGGGAUGGAAGCUUUCUACCCGUCGUCGCAGCAACGAACGACGCUGCUCACGACGCGCAUGGGCCAUGGCGCCACACUCGAGUUUCAACUGCGAUGGCCUGUCCAAGAACGUGAACAGGAAGACCCGCGCUAUGAACGGCUCGUUUUAAUUCUGCAGCUGGCUUGCAUCAAGCUGGGGUUUGUCCAUGCGCUGCGGGGGACGUGGGGCGUGUUUCUCCAUUUGGUCGUCGCGCUUCCACCGACACAGUCGACGGCCGACGUGCUUCAGCAGUGCAUUGCCGAGAGCAUCCAGCAGGCAGGGUUCGCCGGGUGGCAAGUCGCGGCCGGGGCGCAGGAGAUUUCGAUCACGCUGCAGCGCCACUUGCACUGGAACCGUGUGGAAAAGAUGGGUCACGACUCUGGGUCCGGCUGGAUCCGAGUGUACCCCCGGGCCGUUGCCACCUACGACGACGUCCUUGUCGAAGUCGACGCGUUUGUGCAUCAGCAUGCAGCGUUGGUGACGUAAAUAAACCCUAACUCAGUCACAUUCUUGACCA